AUGUAUUUUUCUCGUUAUUUUUUCCACUUAAUUGUUCUGAGUUCCAUCAUAUCAAUAAUUGCAACACUUUCAAUUGAAAAUACUCCUAAUGAUAUUAAUCAGAAAUCUCGACAAAAAGUUGAAACGACAUCAGUGAAUAAAAGAAGUCGAGAACAGAAUGAAAAAUUCCAUACAGCUGAUGAAGAUCACUUACCAUCAACACGUACACAAACAUAUUUAUUAACAAUGCUUCCAGUAGCCAAAGGUGAUCAUCUAUUUAAUAGUGGUGGUGAACAAGAAUGGGAAAUACAGAGAAAUACAGAUACUCAAUUUGCUAUAUAUGGUGAAAAUCUUAAUGGUGCCAAAUUAUCUUUUACAACUCAUCCUAAAUCUUGUCAAUGGGAACGUAAAGAUAAAAUAUAUGAAUUACUUGUUGAUGAAAAAGAUCCACAUGAACGUAUGAGUGAACGUGCUUAUAUUCACCUUAAUUUGCCAUAUUAUAAUUCAACUUUAUAUAUGUGUUUAACACCAUCUAAUUCCAAUGAAGUAUUUCAUCAAGGAAAUCGACCUGCAUUAAAAAUUCGAGUUACCCGUAGUGCAUUACCUGUUUGGGCAACAAUCAUUUGUUUAAUUUGUCUUCUAUCAUUAUCAGGUCUUUUUUCUGGAUUAAAUCUUGGUUUAAUGUCAUUAACACCACAUGAUUUAGUUGUUAUACAAGAAGCUGGUACACCUAAUGAUCGUAAAUAUGCAAAAAAAAUUUUUCCUGUACGUAAACAUGGUAAUUUUUUAUUAUGUACAAUUUUGUUGGGAAAUGUAUUAGUUAAUUCAACAACAACUAUUUUACUUGAUACAUUAAUUAGCGGUGGUUUAGCUGUAGCUGGUGCAACAUUAGCUAUUGUUAUUUUUGGUGAAAUUAUUCCACAAGCUAUAUGUUCACGACAUGGUCUUAAAGUUGGUUCACAAACAAUUCUUUUAACAAAAUUUUUUAUGUGUGCAACAUUGCCAAUAUCUUAUCCAUUAAGUAAAUUACUUGAUAUAAUUCUAGGCGAAGAAGUUGGUGCACGUUAUACACGUGAUCAAAUGAGUGCUUUAUUAAAACAUACACAAACAACUGAUAUUGAAGAUCGUGAAAAACUUAUUAUGACUGGUGUACUUAGUUUAAAAGGAAAAAAAAUUCGUGAUGUUAUGACAAAUUUAAUUGAUGUUUUUAUGCUUGAAGCAAAUCGUAUUGUUGAUGAUGAACUUGUUUUAAAUGUUCAUGGUUAUGGAUAUUCAAGAAUACCUGUUUAUGAAGGACGACGAGAUAAUGUUAUUGGUCUUGUAAAUAUACGUGAUUUUGCUUUACUUGAUACAGAAUCAGGAAAAUUUACUGUAAGAAAUAUAAUGAAUUUUUAUAAACAUCGUUAUGGUACAGCUAUAACACCAGAUGAUUCAAGUUAUGAUGUAUUUAAUCUAUUUAAAAAAGAACAAUAUCAUUUAGGUGUUGUUGUUGAAUAUGAUAAUACAAGUGAAAAAGAUCCAAAAGCAAAAGCUGUUGGUAUUAUUACAUUAGAAGAUAUUAUUGAAGAAAUGAUUCAAGAAGAAAUUAUUGAUGAAACUGAUGUAUUUACUGAUAAUCGUCGUAAAGUACGAAAUAUGCUUUCUCAAGCACCAGAUUUUUCAGCAUUCAUUCGUACAGCAACAAAUGCUGUUGCAAGCAAAAUAUCAGCACAAAUGAAAGUAGCUGUUUUUCAAUUUCUUUCAACAAGUGUUGAACCUUUUCGUGAUAAGUUUAUAUCAGCUCAUAUAUUAAGUCGUUUAUUAAAUGUUGAUUUAUAUAAAGAAUUUGAAUUUGAUGAAGAUGAUGCUAAAUCUGGAAAAAUAACAUAUAUAUAUGAAUAUGGUAAACCAGUGGAUUAUUUUGUACUUAUUGUUAAUGGUAAAGCAGAAUUAGAAACGGGAAAAGAAAAAAUUGUUAGUGAAAUUGGUUCAUUUUCUUAUUUUGGUGUUAGUGCACUUUAUAAUUCUGAUGAAAAAGUUGACGAUCUUAUUCGAUUAAAAUCAAAUAAAUUUCGUCCAUUUAUACCUGAUUUUAGUGUACGUGUUAGUGAAGAUGUACAAAUUUUACGUAUACGUCGUGUACAUUGGUUAGCUGCUGUACGAGCAACUUAUUUUGAAAAUCGACAAACUGCUAAUGGUGGUACACUUAUGCUUAAUUCUGAUGGUGAACAAAUUGAUUUAUUAACACAAGAAUUAGAAAGGGCUGAUCAUGUUGAUCCAGUGAUUGCUACAGGAAGUGUUGCUGGACAAGAUAGUGUUACAGGAGGAAGUGCACGUGAUAGAACAUCAUCAUUAGCACCAACAAUAGCUUCUGAUGGUGGAAAUCCAUUUAUAGAAUAUGAAAAAAUAUCAACUCAAAAUCCAGCAUUAGUUAAUAUAUCACAUACAACUAAAAUGUCAACAGAAAGUCCUAAUACAUCAGGUCGUACUACUCCAACAUUAACAGGAAAACAAAAACGACAAAUUUUUCGUUCGGAUGCUUCAGCAUCACCACCAUCAUUAACAGGUGGAAGUUCAUCAAAAAAUCGUUCAUUGACUUAG